AUGGGCACUUUUAUCAGAAUUUUGGCUACGGCAGAUGGGGCGCCAUCGUCUCCCACGAAAAUCAAGAUUCGACGAUUUUUACGAUUUUCUUCUUCAACCGCAAUCAUGUCUGCAAACAACAAUAUGGUCAAUCUCCUGCGGGAGAUGGUUGCGACAGUCCGGGAGAACGCCGGCGGCGCGGGGCGUGGUGGUGCCUCUGCCACCACCCCCAAUAAUCAUCAAUCUGGUUCUGGGGGAAUGGGCCGAGGAGGCCAAGGACGAGGAGGAGGCCGAGGAAGAGGCCGAGGAGGAGUACGAGGUGGUCGUGUGCGUGGUGUCAGCGGGCGGGCUCCCGACGGCUCCCUCUCCAGGAGCCAACGUCGGCUUCUGCGUCGGCGUGGGGUUGAGGGCCUCCAAGCCCAAGAGCAGUGGCUGGCCGGACGCCAGCAGGCCCGGGCUCCGGCCCCGGCCCAAAACCAAGAUCAAGCCCAAGCCCAGGCUCAGGCGCAGGCGCAGGCUCAGGCCCAAGCCCAGCAGCAGCAGCAUCAGCAGCAGCAACAGCAACAGCAAGUCCUGGGUCCGGCCCAGGCUCCUCCCCAGCAGCAGCAGCAACCGCAGCAGCAACAACAACAACAAGUCCUGGCCGUGGGCCAGGCCCAGACCCAGCAGCAGCAGCCCCCGCAGCAGCAGCAGCAACAACAGCAACAAGUCCUGGCUCAGACCCAGGCACAGGCCGCCGCGGUGGAGCUCCCUCCCUCCCCCCCCGGCCAGGAGCAGAUGGAUGUGGACGGCGACGAUUGA